AUGCUUAUACUAUUAUUAUCAGUGAUGAAUUCUUCCAUCGAAGGAAUACUAACAAUAAGUAGAAACGUUAAUUUGCAAGUAUACUGAGAAAGAUAUAAUUAAAAAGCUGUACGUAUAAUUGGGUGACGCGUUGUUCUCGAACAGCUACCGCGACAUGCUAAAGAAGAUAGUCGUAGUAACUGGUAUUUUGUCUGAUGUCAAUAUUUAUUAAAAAUGCAGUGAUACUGACAGCUGAGGAAGAGCCGAGUUGUUGCGUAGGUAGCUAACUACACUUGGACUCUCUUCUCGUUAUAAGUACGUCUGUAUCAAUAAAAAGCAAAAGUGUCAACGGUGCAUCGUGCAGUUCACUCGUUCCAUUUAUGACUGUGUAAAACCAGUCGGUCUCAUAUAUAACGAACAUGGAACGAAUGAUCGCGUUGAGUACCCAAAAUCCACUGACUUUACUAGUAAAGUUUGGAAUGAUGGCUUGGAACGGCACCUGCGGCAAUGAGAAUUGUUCCGGACACGGUGAAUGCCACAAUGGUACUUGCUUGUGCGAGAUUCAGUUCGACGGAUUGGAAUGUCACGUUCCAAAUACGAGCUACUACAUUGCAUUUGCGACUAUAUUCUUCAUGCUGGCAUUCGUCUGCCUGAUACAGCUUAUCAUGUGUAUCGUAGCCGAAUGGCAAAAGAUGAAAGCACCGACUUUUCUCAGAGCUUGUCGUGUUACAACGCAGAAAGUACUGUACUUCAUAGUCUUUCUCGCGUCCCUGAUAAGGGGAGCGUAUUUCACAUCUCCGACUGCUUUUAAGGAAGGAUGGUCCAGAAGCUUGUUAUCUGCAUAUUAUCCGCUUGUGUUAAGUGGAUCUUCGUUGAUCGUUUGUUUCUGGGCCGAGGUGUUUCACUUGAGGGAUGUAUCGUGGGACAAGCCACAGUUUCUUUCAAAAUCGUUCGUGGGAUUUUUCAUCUUCAACGUAUUAAUAUAUUCUCUGCUGGUGGCGGAAUUUAUUACUGCUCAGAUAUAUUCACAGGAACAUCAGAGUUUUUACACUCAUGUAUUCAACGGCUGUUACGCAGUUCUCUUGUUCAUAGUCGUAAUAUUCUUCUUGAUUUACGGAGUGGAAGUAUAUUUCAAAAUUCGAGGUGGCUUCUUGAACGAUUAUGAAAACAGCACGAUUCUGAAUAAGCGUACGGUUAUCGAUCCGAAAAUUAACGGCGAGGAACAAGUGACUGCGAAGUUAUUCGAUCCUGUCCCGUGUUCGUCGUUGUCUCAAGUGCAGGAGCAAAUAAAUAUCUCUCAGCUGCAUCAGUCUCGUGUAGGAUUACUGUCGCAGGCCCUUAUGCUGUUCAUCAUUGGCGGAUUUCUGUGUAGCGAAACGCUCAGCGAAUUUUGGAAAACGAAAGUUCCAAUUCAUAGUAGAAACUGGCAUGAUGUCGUUUUCCGCACUAUUGAAGUCGGGGUGAUAUUGUGGUUCCCCUGCGUGCUGUGGAAUUGUUUCAGCCCGGAACAGCUGUGGAUCUUGAAUCCGAAGCGUCUGUUGAAGAGAUUGGAUCACAGCAAAUACGUGAAAGAAAUCGAGCUGCAGGAUAAGAGCGGUGAGCAAGAUGCCGCGCUCUUCUCGGACGGGGCAUCGAUCAACAGCAAAGAUUGCUGGAUUUGUUACGAUAGCGAAAGACAGGACGCUGGUCCAUUGAUACAGCCUUGCCUCUGUAGAGGUGACGUGAGCGCUGUUCAUCAUAAUUGUCUGCGCCGAUGGUUGGUCGAGAGUUCGGUAAAUGCUGACAGCCUCUGUUGCAAAGUAUGUGGCGCGAAGUACAACGUUGAACAUGCAACGAGAUUGGACUGGCAGAACAGUAUGACUUCGCGUCACUGUCUGCAAACUAUCGCUAUCGUUACAACGAUGUGUGGGUCAUCAGCUGCCGCCUGGACCCUUAUACAAAUGGUAGAAGGGCCGAUCAUAAGAAUGCUUGCAGCUGGAACUGCGUUGCUGGUGAUGUACGUCUGCAUAAGGUUUUUAAGUUUAAACACGGUGGUUGCAUAUCAACGUGCCAAAAUUUCAUCCCUGAACAUUAUUAGUUCUGACAAUAACGGUAAUGCACAUGUUUCGACUAUAAGCCACACGAUCUGCGUGGACUUGCCAAAAUCUGAGACAGCUACCAUAUAAGUAAGAUUUGUUUAUCGAGGUUUUCGAUAUUUUUAUUUUACAUUCGAACGAAAUUGAGCAGAGGGGAGAGGUCGAUAUAUAGAGAUUACAUAGAUAUCACGAUAUGUAAUGCACAUAGAAUGCACGCUUUCCUGCAGUUCGUUAUGUAACGUUUGAUGUUACCAGUCACUCAACGAAACGGGAAAUGUGUAUUGCGUAAUUCAUUAUCGUACUAGCAAUGCGAUUGAAAUUAUUUUACGCCGAUUGACUAGUCCGUUUACUAAAUUGCAAUAAAGUUUAAAAAAUUUGGUAAAAGAAUUCAGACCAUUCUGACGGAGUACUUUCAUUGGUUUGAUCGAUGUUGACAAUGUGCUAGUCUUGGGAGAGUUAUUUUUAAAUAUAGACAUUGAUAAUUAUUUUUUUAUCGGAAUUAUCUAAAGGACAAGGUUUCGAUAAAAGUGAGUUCGAAAAUACGCGGAGAGGUUUAUUUUUGUAGUUGUCAGUAAGCGAUGAUAAAAUUGAAAUUCGGGAUGUGGGUAUCUCAGAGAGAGAGAGAGAGAUAAAUGUUGUUAAACAUUGAUAGAACGUGAGAAUGAACAUGUAAAGAAAUGUUACCAACAUUGUAUUACGUAUCAUAUGUAUACCUACUACAUAAAUAGUUUUGUAUGAUUUUCAAAAGCGUUCCCGUAGAUACAGAAAUAAGAUAAUACGUUUCGUUCUUAGUCGCGAUAUUAAAUAAGUGUAAUCGUUCGAUUAUGGGACAUUAUAUCUCGAAUAGGAAAAUGAUGGAAUCUAGUUCUCAUGGUAUAACUGCAUAUAUAAACAUAAUGAUUUAUGGAGCGACGUAUAUAAGCAGCGAGCAAUUUAAAACAAAAAACAUGUGACACACACACAUUUUCGUGUAGAUAAAAAUAAGGAAUACGUUUUUUUUCUCUGCGAUGUAUUACGGUAAUUUUGUAUUUGAAAAUACUCGUAUUUCCUAUUGCGAUUUAUUAUUAGUUUUGUAGAUUCUGUAUAUAGUGUAUCGUAAUUAAAAUAAUUAAACAUCUCCUAGUACCGAGAGGAAACAUGUAUUUCCCGUACUAAUCUAACACCAACAAAUAUUUUUCGUUGCAUCUUUUGUAGGAAUACAGCUUCGAUUAUUUAGCAAUAUAAAGCUACCGUUUAUAUGCUGGUUUUACUAAUAACUAAAGUUAUACCUGUAGAUUACGCGAACGUUAAUAAUUAAAAGUUUCUUAGACUGUCACGUUUAUUUGUAUUAUAAUAAAUUGGUUAAUGCAACAUGUUUCUAUUACAAAUACGAAGUUAUAAUUCACCUCGAACUGAGUUUAAAACAUGGGUUAAAGAUUACUGAAUAAAGAAGUUGAAAAUAAAUUAAACAAACCUAUUGUA